CGUCUCACACCAGCAUACACAGAUGGAGGCUACUCGAUCUUGACAGAGUGGAGACCGUGGAAGCGUUGCUGGACACGAGGUCCUGAAGGAAGAGAAGGAGAAGAAAGGAGAGAAGGAGAGGGGGAUAAUAAUGGAGUGCAAGGAGAAUGUGAUCCACUUCCUCAGCUGGGGGUUCAUCGUCGGUGCGGUGGCGUAUCUCCUUCAGCAGACCAGGACCCAGACCCCGUAUGGACGCUACGUGACCUUGGAUGGGACCCCAGGGAGGACCUGUCCUGCCAAGCUGGCCUGGUUCCUCCAGGAACUGCCUUCUUUCCUGGUGCCCAUGAUCCUUCUGCUCUCCACUGACACACAGCCCAGCCUGGGCAAAGACCUUCUUCUCUGGACCUUCUGUCUGCACUACUUCCAAAGAACGUUCAUCUACUCCUUGCUGACCAAAGGCCGCCCUUCCCCUCUCUACAUUGUCUUCUCUGCGUUAGUCUUCUGUUCCGUCAACGGUUUUCUCCAAGGCCACUACAUGCUCCACUGUGCCACGUACGAUGACACGUGGCAGACCGACAUUCGUCUAGGCACCGGUUUGCUGAUGUUUUUCCUGGGAAUGGCCAUCAACAUUCACAGUGACCACAUUCUUCUAAAUUUGAGAAAACCCGGAGAGGUUGUUUACAAGAUUCCAAAAGGGGGAAUGUUUGAGUAUGUCUCCGGAGCAAACUUCUUUGGAGAGAUUCUGGAGUGGUGCGGGUAUGCCCUAGCAACGUGGUCCCUGACGACGUUCUCUUUUGCCCUUUUCACCAUGUGCUCGAUUGGACCGCGGGCCUACCACCACCACAGGUACUACCAAGAGAAGUUUGAAGACUACCCUCGGUCGAGGAAAGCUGUGAUACCUUUCAUAUUAUAAGAAGAACAGCAAACCAGAGAAGCUUUAAUAAAUGGACUGACUUAGCUAAAAUCAUUAGUCAUAGCCAUGAUAUUGGCAUUUACUGAACUCUGAAAUCAAAUGUAUUUAUAUAGCCCUUCUUGCAUCAGCUGAUAUCUCAAAGUGCUGUACCGAAACCCAGCCUAAAACCCCAAACAGCAAGCAAUGCAGGUGUAGAAGCACGGUGGCUAGGAAAAACUCCAGAGAAAGGCCAAAACCUAGGAAGAAACCUAGAGAGGAACCAGGCUAUGAGGUGUGGCCAGUCCUCUCCUGACUGUGCCGGGUGGAGAUUAUAACAGAACAUGGCCAAGAUGUUCAAAUACUCAUAUAUGACCAGCAUGGUCAAAUAAUAAUAAUCACAGUAGUUGUCGAGGGUGCAACAAGUCAGCACCUCAGGAGUAAAUGUCUGAUGGCUUUUCAUAGCCGAUUAUUAAGAGUAUCUCUACCGCUCCUGCUGUCUCUAGAGUUGAACACAGCAGGUCUGGUACAGGUAGCACGUCCGGUGAACAGGUCAGGGUUCCAUAGCCGCUUGUCUUAUAUUGCUCUUUUCUGUGGAGCCCAUUUGACCAGGCUUUAGCUUUCAGUAACUAGACAUAUUGAACCUAUCAUCUCAUUGUACUCAGAGCUAUCAUAUUCCACCCUUGCAGCAACAUAUCUGUAAUGCCAUACUCCAAAAUACUUGGGAGGAAUGAAUUAUGUGGCAGCAUUUAUCAUGGUCAAAGCUCAAUGAAGGAUAAAGAACUCAAGGUGAAGAGAAAGGGGGGUGGUGGGUAGGUCUUGAAAGAAUAACUUAUUUUAUGUUGAAAGGGAUGACUGACAGCCUUUUCUUCUUUGUGCAAAAGGUAUCUCUUGGACAGAUGAGCCUUCUUCACUUUUGGAAAGGCUCAUUAAAUCUCUGCCUAUUUACCUUGGGUCUGAAAAAAAACCGUGGUCUGUUUGUUUUUCUUAUGCAGUUUAUCAAAUAAUAUGUGAUUAAUAACUGCUGCAUAUGCGAUUACACUUUUUCAUUUCAAGCUUGCUUGGUUAGAUAAGUCCAAAGGCAAUGUCAUCCUUCAUUAGGUGGGACAAAGGCUCAGCUUACUGGAAAGCAUGUAAUGAAUAUUGAAUAUCUGGCUACGCAGUGACAUUCAUCAAUCAUGUUCCAGAGAUGGUAAACAUUGCCACCCUCGGGAACUAGUCGAGUUAGUGCAUCACUGAGGUUCUUGACAGACAAGCUUAAAAGUAGUGUUAUGACAUGAGUAGUUGUAAUCCUCUUAUUCUAACCCUAGAGGGCAGUAUAAGCUUUUUCAUGUGGGUAUCGUGUUUUAGAGAGCGCAACAACAUAAUAGUCCACUAAAAGCAGACAUUGGCCACAUUAAUAUUUCAAUCGAAGGUGGCUUUUUAAUUUCCUUCAUUGGCACUGAUCUGGAGAACGAGCAGUGCUGAUGAUGGAAAAGAUGAAACUCUUUCCACCUUACUGAGCCAGCCGAGCUGUGUUGCGCUGGCCUGGUUACGCAUUCACCAUCGUUUUCUGGAGCCAUGCUGGAAAGGAGCAUGUGAAAAUAAAAUCUCUGAACCAGCACAGUACAGUUUGGGUCAGCACGAUAAAGUGAAAACAGCUUUAAAGAUGUUGAAGAUGGAACAUGUUAAGAAUGGAGGUCCCAAUAUUGACUUGCUUAGUUAAAGGUUAAAUAAAAAAAUAUUUCACUCAA